AUGUUUGACUCCAGUAUGUACCCAGCUUGUCGCCCACAACAGAACGGAAUCGGUCCGUGCAAGGAAGACCAAACAAACCAGGUGGACUCCACAUCAGAUAGCAUUCAGGCUUCGACAUCCAAGGAUGCUGACAUUCCACCUUCGUCACGGAAAAACUCAAAUAUUGGGAAAAAUGAAGCCCAACCAUCUUCUCGCAAAAACUCAGCAGCUGACGCUCAAAUGCUAGUCACGAAAACUCUGUUUAAGGUAACAAUGCGCGCUAUGAGUGAAAACGCUGUGGCAAAGUGGAAAAAGAGGGGAAUUUCUUCCAGGGAGAAAAAGGUCACACGCACCAUCAUGGCCAUCCUGGUUGCGUUUGUCGUCACGUGGACGCCGUACAACGUGAUGGUGCUUAUCAACACAUUCUGCUCCACCUGCAUCCCCAACACGCUGUGGACCAUUGGCUACUGGCUGUGCUACAUCAACAGCACCAUCAACCCAGCCUGCUAUGCCCUCUGCAACGCCACCUUCAAGAACACCUUCAAGCAGCUGCUUCUGUGCCAGUACAAGAACAUACGCACCGCACGAUGAGCGGGGGGUGCAAAUGCUUUACUGUGUUUGUGGUGGAGUCUGAAUAAUGUGACAAAUCUUUUAAAGAAUGAUUUCGAAAGUUCGAAACAUAGAUAAAGUGUGGUCUUGUUGUGCAAUUACUUCAUGUUGCUUUUCGGUGGUAGAAUCCCCCCAGCCCCCUUCUUCCACUGAAAAUAAAACUGUGA